AUGUUCACAAGGAAAACUCCGAUAAAGCAUGACAGUCAUUCAAGUAAUUACGUUCACAAACCGGAGAACCUGCCAGAUACGGCGUUGGCCGCUAUAAUGCCAUUCAAGAAGCAUAAAGACGUGAGCGAUUUCAUCAGUUUUGUUCUAGAGGCUCUUGAGCGCAACGCCCAUUGGAUAAAUUCCCUAGUCGGCAAACGAGACGGCUUCAAGUGCGCCCUAAUGACCGGCUCCGGUCCCAAUCGGUUCCAAAUCCACCAGGUGAUUUAUCCAAGCGAAGGCGAAACCGUCAGCUUCGAAAUCGAGUGCAGAGAUUCUGAAGACUACGACAAGGUCGCCAUAGCGGCGAUACUGAAGCUGACCAACGUCGAAAUAGACCGCAUGCUGAAGUAUAUCAAGACCCGUUUGUUCGAACGGACUGUAAUAAGGGAGGAGCUGUCGAAGGGGAAACUGUUGGGCAUCAGCUAUGCGGUGUUGCGCCCUUUAUACGACAAACAGUAUCGGAUGAUGGAGAGGAUUGUCAUCGGUAGCUCGGUGAAAUGCGCUUCGCCGGUCAAACGCCGCCUAGUGGACAAGUCGAUCGCCAGGAACCCUUUGAAGCGAGCGAAAAAGGUCGCU